GAAAAAAGAACCAUAUGCGAGUUUUCCGAUACAGGUUCACUCUGUAUUUAACAGGUAGUUAAUAUAUGGGUACACUCUGUAAUCUACUAAUAUAGACCAAGUCUUCGAUCUAUACUUGUUCUUUCUAUGAACACAAAAGGAAGGUAAAGAUGACACCGAACUCAAAAUGAGAAGAUUCCAAUACUUUAAUAUACUUUUGUGAUCCCAAGAUAAAUAAAUAAGACAUUACAAAUUUUGAUAAUUUUUUUUUUGAACUGCACAACAUAUCUUAGAACAUAUUCCAUACUUUUAGAAAAAACAAUAUCGAGACCGUAUAGGUAAUGCAUUAGCGCCCUCUAGCGACUAAACCACAUCAUUCACUGGUGACGUUUUUAUUACACUGAUCAAUAUGCAAACCGAAAAGAUCUUCUACGCAAGCAAAAAAGAACCAGACAACCCAAAAAGAAAAUUCAAGAAAAACAAAAAUAAAAAGGAUAAACCGGUUAAAAGUGGAGUAUACGUAUUAAACUCUUUGAAUAAUGAGCUGAGUAAUGCGGUCAAUGUAUUAGAUGAUAAAGAAGAAGGCGAGGAAGAAGAAAGUUCCGACCAGAAACAAGACAGGAAGAAGAAAAUUGCAUAUGAGUGGAGCAAACCAGCGUUGUUUCAAUCUCCAUUUAUGAAGCAACCGGCACAGAAACCUACGGAAACAAUACCCUACCCUCCCAACAACUGGAACGCCGAAGACAAGAACAUAUUCGAUUUGAGCCCCGAUAACGUUCCUCCGGAGUGGAACCCGUACGUUUACGACACUAGAAACCCCAUUGAAAAAGACCGCAAACAGAAAGAAAAAUCAAAACAAAAGAAAGCUAAAAAGGCCAAGAGAGAUCGAGUAACAGAAAUGCCCAUGAAACACCACGAUUACGGCUCUGAUGCUGAUUCACGUGACCACAAAUCUGAUGACGACAACAUACGUCACGAAAAGAGAUCAAAGAAUGAUGACGAAGGCCACAGACGAGGAAGACAUGAGAAAUCCCGCCAUAGGGGCCAGCAUCCUCAGGAAAUGGACCCCGACGACCCCAGGGAAACCUGGGCGUACAGCUAUAAUCCAAAUAUCCAACUAAGAGGGGAUUAUGUACGACAGGGGGUUGAUCCUUACCGCCAGGGUCUUGGUUACUACCAACCACCUUCUCCCUCAAUGAUGGGGUUUCCACUUGGGUACCACCGGAAGGAUAAAAAGCAUGGGAAAUUAGUGUGUAUAAUGAUUUUCAAUUCAGUGCUCCUCACAUUUGCUCUGGCAAUGGUCGCCGCUGCACUGUAUUUCAUAAUUACACUUUUCGCCGGCAACCCCGCCCUUUUAGCCCAGUUUAGAAAUGGUGUAUCAGACAAUGUUCACAGUGUAGUUCCUGAACCCGAACCUGAAAUAACUUCUACAACGAGGAUGGCCGAAGUUACGACUCUUCCAACCACGACGACAACUGCUGAAGUAACAAAACCACAUUAUGCUACAAAUGGAAAGAAAGUAUACUUUUCGGGCAGAAUAAAGCUGAAAGCGAUGACUUUUAGCGACGACCUAGCUGAUCGAACAUCUAUCCUUUACCAGUUAGUUGCUAAAGAGGUCUGCGAUUCGAUAACCAAGAUUAUGGCAAGGAGUAAAAUACAUCGUGCCUAUGUUAACUGCAGGAUAAUAUCUUUUAGGUCUGGGAGUGUUGUGGCGAAUUUUGGAUUGCAAUUUUACGAAGACCUCUUAAUCAUGAAACAAAUUGCCGUAAUCUACUCCCAUCUUCAUCUCACUGUACUAGGGGUAUUGAAAACGAGCAUACGAGGGUUGGAUUCUAACAGUUUCCUCAAGCGAUACGAUUGUGACUGGGCCGCUAUUUUUAUAAAGAAGUCUUCUCUUAGCGCCCUUGCUCCUCCGAUUCACCAGCCUACUGGAAACCCAGUGAGAGUAGAGCCAUUGUUUAAUGAUUCGUUCUGCGGUGAUAAGAAGCAAGGGUUCUAUCCUCACCCCAAUACAUGUAACCGAUUUAUGCAGUGCUUGAAUAAUACUCUGAAGGAGUUCCAUUGUGUGCCCUCCGACUACGUAUUUAACAGUCGAAUCAACAACUGCGUGCCUCCCGAGUUGUAUGAAUGUCCCCUUAAUCCGACAUCUCCGAAUUUCUGUGACCCUAGACCAAAUGGACUCUAUGCAAGACAGGGAGAGUGCAACAAGUUCAUAAGAUGCGCGGAUACACGAAGAAUUGAUCUCUCCUGUCCAUCCAGAGAUUUUGUCUUUGAUCCGAAUACAAAGAAAUGCGUUCACAAAUCACA